AUGGACAACAAAAAAGGUGAAAAGCAAUAUAAAAAAAUGUCAAAUAAAGAAAUAUUCAGAAUACUGGCGUUUGAAUUCAGACAAUCAGAUUCGAUAGGCAUUAAAAUUAGUUUGAUUUCAGAAAUGGUUAGCAAUCUUUUCUAUCCAAAUGAUGUUACCGGAGAAGCAAAAAAAGCAUUUAAAGACUUGAUAGAAAAAGCAUUUAAAUCUCAUACAGUCAAUAAUAAGGAAGAAAUCACAGAGUAAUAAUUCUGCUCUGCUAUGGAUUCAAUUGAGAAAUAUAUGAAUGAAGAAACUAAUGAUAGAUUCUUAUAAAAAAUAUUUAGAAGACACUCAAAACAAGAUAAAAAUUAUCUUAAUAAGGAAGAGUUUAGAGUCUUGAUGUAGAAUUAUAAAGACGAAAAUAUAAAUGAAAAAGAUAUUUAAGAAAUUUAUGAAAGAAUGAGUAAUGGUGACAAAAAUGGAAUUUCUUAUGAGAACUUUAAGAAGUUUUCAAUAUGA